AUGAUAAACUCUUCUUUAAGAUUAUUAUUAAGUAAUAAAACAUCGAAUAUAAAGAAUGCAGUAAACUUGAGCAGAAUGUUUUGUUCGACUACUACUAGUGGUGCUUUUCCAAUUAAACCAAUAGUUCCAUCGUUGUCACAGUUGAUCUAUGAUAAACCAUUGAGAAGAGUAUUGUUCAACGUGCCAGGCAGUGAUAAGAGAAAAGUUGCUAAAGCUGUAUUGCUAUCCAAUAAGAUCGAUUCCAUUGUUUUGGAUAUAGAGGACGGUGUUGCCAUCAACGCCAAGCAGGAGGCACGUGAUGAAAUAGCGCGUUCCGUACAGAACGAUACCUAUGUCACUUCGGAGGUGUUGGUUCGUGUCAAUGGCGUUGACUCUGGUCUGCUGGAAGACGAUCUCAAGAUGAUUAGCACGAUAGCUUCUUACAUCGAUGGUCUUGUCAUUCCCAAGGUGGACGACCCUUCGCAUCUCAUCUACAUCACAGAGAUUCUGCGUCAUGUGUACGGCGUCAAGAAUCUCAAGUUGCUGGCAUCGAUUGAAUCGGCGCGUUCACUCAUCUCUCUCAAGGAGAUAUGUCGGUAUGCACCUCCAGGUUCCGACGCCAACUUGCUGGACGCGCUAAUCUUUGCGUCUGAGGAUUAUUGCGCUGACACUGGAAUCACUAGAACACCAGAAGCUACAGAGUUGUUGUAUGCGCGUUCCUCGGUGACCACUCACGCCAUCGCUCAUGGUCUGCAGGCAAUCGACAUGGUUUGUAUCAACUACAAAGAUCCCGAGUAUCUGAGACGCGAAGUUCAAGAGGGUAUCCGAAUGGGAUUCCACGGAAAGCAGGCAAUUCAUCCCAAUCAGAUCGAUGUGAUUCGCGACGCCUAUCGACCAUCACCCAAACAAUUUGAGUUUGCAAGUAGAAUCGUCGAACAAAAUGAAAUCUUCCAGGCACAGGGCAAAGGUGCAUUUGAAGUCGAUGGUAAAAUGAUCGAUAUGCCAAUGGUGAAAUGGGCAAAGAAUAUUCUUUCCAUUGAAUCAUUCUAUCCUCAACGUGAAGAUGCAUCCACCGAUCAAUGGUUGCCGAAUAAUGAAGCAGAGCAACAACAGAAAUAA